AUAUGCGUCCUUCAAUCCGUAGCCUCCCAACCUUAAGCGUUCCUUCCGUGACGAAAUAUGGCAAGAAGAGGACAAUUCGUUUCUUCCCUCGUGGGAGGUUGCGUUAUGGUUGUGGGGUGGUCGCUGCUUCUCCAGAGCUUCUUGCUUGUUGAAGUCAUAGGCACUGAACUUAAGGAUGGGAAGGCCUAUUACUCUCCUCCAGGCCCUCGCUCUCGCUCUCCUCCCUCAGGUUCACGCGGACGUGGCAGUACCCCUCGGGUAACUUCGCCGACGACUGCCAGAUCUUGUGGCAGCCCGCCGCGGGGACAAGACCCCAGCCGGUCGACGCGGCCUCCUAGUGGAGGUUACUACCGUUCUCCUCCCACUUCCGGAGGCACACCCUCGACUCCAGUGACCACUCCUGUUGAUCCCAGGACCCCGAGUACUCCCACCACCACCUCGCCACCGAGCGGAGGUUACUAUCCAUCUCCGACUUCCGGAGGCGAUAGCCCCCCAACUACGGUGACCUCGACGCCACCGGCCACUCCCAUCGAUCCCGGCACUCCGAGCUUCCCUUCCAUCACAGCACCUCCUUUCGGUUUCCCUACAGCACCUCCUUUCGGUUUCCCUCCUUUCGGUUUCCCUCCUAUCAUAAAUCCCUUCAUCCGCCCUUACAAUUACUAUCUAUCAAAUCCAGGAGUGAUAAUUGGGCUGGUUGGGUUUGUGAUGCCGAUGGGACCCGCCUUCCGCGUGACCACGCCCGUCCCCGGGUUCCCCGCUGCCCAAAACCUGAUUCAGGCGCUCGGGAACACAAGCGCGGACGGCCUCGGCGCUCUCUACCGAGAAGGGACCGCAGCGCUGCUCAACUCCAUAGCUAGCAACAGGUUUCCCUUCACCACCGCCCAAGUCCGACAGAGCUUUGUCUCGGCCCUCAGCUCGAACGAAGCUGCGUCGGCUCAAGCUCGGCUCUUCAAGCUGGCCAACGAAGGCCGUCUCAAGCCCAGGGCUAAUUGAAGUGAAACCGAUCAUCACUGUUUUAUCUAAGCUAUUCUAGGUUGUCGGAGCAAUAUGUGUUGGUGUUCGUGUGGUGUCCUCUCUUAUUCUUAGCAGGGAUUUGAGGUGUAAGUCUGCUUCGUGUACGUUUGUGUACGAUUUAGCUUAACUUAGCAUGCAUGAUAUUGUUGUUAGCAAUAUUUUGUCGGUGUCAGAUUUCCCAUGGAUUGUGGUACGUAGACAUUAAUUUGACUUUCAUUUUACUUUUCGUAGGGUUGUAAUAACUUGUUGAAUGCUAUUCGGAAACGGUCGUUUGGGAUCA